AUCCACCAUUCAAUAUGGCAUCCACUGGUAAAAGUAAACGUCGUGUCAAAGGUAAAACUCUAGAUUUGAACAGUUUUCUUGCAAAUGAACAAGAUGCUCCUAGUGGAUUUGCUGUGGUUAAUACCCAUUAUGACUGGGGAGAUGUUAUGGAAGAUGCACCUGUUGAUGAUAAAUUUACCCUUGAUUAUAAGAAAGAUUCAAGAAUAUUUUUACCAACUGCACCAAAAGCUGCUCGAGGGCCUGAUAUUGAUAUGAGCAGAAUUCCUACAAAACCACCAUUUACAGCAUAUGUAGGCAAUCUUCCAUAUGAUGUUAAUGAAGAAGAUAUUAUUAAAUUUUUCCGACAGUUAAAGGUAAGAAACUUAUUUAAAUUAAUUUGGAACUUAGAUUAUUUGUUUAUUAUUACAAAUAUUUCAUAUUUAUUUUCAUUUAUUAUUUACAUCAUGGGCAUCAUGAUAUAGCUUCUUUCAGAUGUC